CGUUUCUCAUAACUCUUUCAGUCGUUCUUGUGCCAAUCAACAGGUGGCACUUGGCCACUCUGUUACCUGCUCCAUUCAAAUUUGUUCAGCAGAUAAUUUGGCAGCGAAGAACGCCCGCAGUGUUCACUUCUCGCCUUUCUACAUCGCACUUUCUUUAAAUAUAUUUUUUUGAGUUUUUGUUAAUGACUUUUUGUUUUAUUUUUUCACUUUUCUCUCUUCCAGAUAAUUUCGCGGAGCGUACACAAAUUGCUUUAUGUGGCAUGCCAACAAUAAUUGCGACAAACAAAGUGAAAUUAUUUCCAUAUCAAUGCAUAAAUCGUAAUUAAACAGCAGCCAAGCCACCCACAUAAAUUUGCGGCAAACGAUACAGCAAUUACACACAACAACAAUAAAACCAACACACGCCACUUCAUUGCCAAUUCAAAACACUCGCCGUUCGCUCACCAAUCAACGCACACGCAGUUCAGCGGCCCCGCACGGCCCACUGGGCACCGGCACCGCGGCACUCCGGCGAUCCGACUGAAAGCAGUUGAUCAGCGCUGCGUUUGCACGCACAACACGCGUCCGCGCACCGCUCUUGUGCGCCAAGAAUUGGCCGAGACGACGAUAAAUUCACCCGGUGACACAGAUUCUACGCGUUUGUUUUGAUCAGCUGCUUCGAACACGCUAACGGCAUACCGCACCUUCGCAGCGGCCAACGCGUGCCGGCCGGCAACUGUUGCUACUGAUCUCUAUCCUCGCAUACUCGCUUCGCGCUUUUUUUCGAAAUUACUUAUUCGAAAAUGUUGCGGCGCUCCAUUGGUGCCGCGCUGUUGGCGCUGCUGUGCCUUUGGCCCGCUCACUUGGACGCUUUUGUUGCGCAGCCGUUGGGCUGUCAUCACAAUGGCACUUGGUAUGCAGACAGAUCACUCGUGCCCACCGUGGAGAAGUGUCUCACGUGCCAGUGCCAGCGCAAGACGCUCGUCUGUCGUCUGAAGGUAUGUCCCGAAAUGCCGAUGCCACCGCCUCGCGGUUGCAUUGUGGUGCAGCAGCGGAACGCCUGCUGUCCGUAUCUGUCGUGCGCGCGUCUGGAUGCCUUCUACAAGAUACCGGCGACACGUCGCAUUAUCGCGUACUUGGAUCACUACGAACGGGAGUCAAUUGAUCGCGUCGUAAACGAUAAUAUGCUGCAACGGCGCUCCGACGACUCAGAGGUCGAUAUGUAUGUUUGCGUAAAGAACGGCACUGUGUACAAAUCCGGUUCGGCAAUGUCAUCCUCAAACCUCUGCACCUACUGCUAUUGUAUUGGUGGCACUGAGAAAUGCGUCAAGCCGAAAUGUAUGCUGCCGGUCGAAGGCUGUAAGCCCAUCUUUGUCGACUCCACCUGCUGCCCCGUGCGCUACGACUGCACAAGCAAGCCGUCCGGCAAGUCGUCGCAGGAGGUGCGCUACCGCAAGACCUCGAACAAGCAUUACCUACGCAUGUCACAGCGUCUGCAGCGCAAUCGCGGCUGCACCGUGAACAAGCAGUUCUACGUGGAGGGACAGAAAAUGCGCUCCGAUCCGGAUAAGCCGUGUGACAUUUGUUUCUGCAUACGUGGCACGCGCCGCUGUGCGCCAAAGAAAUGCUCACCUGCGCUGAAGAACUGCAUACCGGUGGUCCCGAAAGGCCAGUGCUGUCCAUCCAGCUACGAUUGUGGCAGUCAGCGUGCGCAGAGCUCACGUCAAUUCAAUUUAUUUUCAUUGUUGUUCGGCAAAGAAGAUGAGCUUAAUGGCAAUGACACCAAGAAAAUACCCGCUGAGUAUCCACCAGACAGGCAUCCGUCGGUGACAGUGACACACAAUCAAAAUAUACUGGAGAAGAACGAUGAGAAGAGCAUUUUGGACACUAUACGCGAAGGUUUGGAAAUUAUCGACGGGAAUAAUGAUGAAGUCAUUGCGCAAAAUAUAGAAAAGUUGGCAGCUCCUCUAACGCAGGUCGUCACGGAAUCGCAGAUAAGCACUCAAUCAACAGUGCCAGAAAACGCUGCCACUGAAGUAAGUUUCUUAGACUUGUUGCUGGGUACUGACGAGGAUGAACUGUCUACAAAAGUGACAGAAGAGGUUACACCUGAGUUGAAAACAACAACAGGAUAUGACGGUCUCUCGUGGGUGGACAUUCUGUUGGGUCCUGAUGAAGAUGAUCAGAAGCAAACAGGCACAACUGCAGGUGACAGAGCAAGUAUCUCCGAGACCACGGCAAAUUAUCAGAAUGACCUCAAAAGCACAAGUAUUGAUCGCAUCGAUCAAGACUUUGAAGAUUUCUCUGGCAGUGGUGAGAUUAUAGUGGGCGAACCACUAUCUAGUGAGUCGAGUGAGAGUUCACUUGUCGAAUUUCCUGGUCUGCAAAAAAGUAGUGUUGUCAAAGAGACGCAGGUCACACUACAAAAGCCGCUGUUGAAUAAUACUUCAGUUAUCAAUUCAGUUAAGCCGGACGAGCUAACCGUAGCAAAUACAGGAUCCCAGAAAACAACGUAUAGCACCACUGUAGCAACAACAAAAUCAAAUGCUACGAAAACCCCGCAACCGACAGUGUCCGUUAAACACACAACUCCUACUGCCAAAACUACACAAAGGCCCGCAACCAAGUCCAGUGCAAAACCCACCCAAAGCACCACCAAGCCCACGCCGAAACCCUCACAAAAACUCCCACAGAAACCCAUAGAAUUAAAAUUCAAGCCAAAAACAACGCAAAAACCAGUCGAGAAGUUGCAAAAAAUUACCACAACCCGACCUCUGAACACUACUCAAACAGAGUUACAAAAUACAACAGAAAAGAAGAAGAAUGGUCUUCUGACAGCCCUGCUUGAUGGUCUUUCCGAUAUGCUUAACUCUGAAAACGUAUUCAACACCACUCAAAGCAAAGUUCCCUCGAACAGUACAUCUACCACAUCUUCAACAACGAAGCGACCGAAGGACACAAUUGUAUUGCCUACGCCAAAGCCCAAACCGUUACCCUCAUUUAAACCCUUACCCAUGCGAAUAAAUUCUAAGAUAGCGAAUCUGACUGUAACAGCCGAAGUUGUCAAAACGAGUCUUCGACCUAAUGUCACCGCUUUCAAACCUUUGCCGGAGCAUAUGAUCAAGUCCCCAAUGGCGUCCACACAAGCACCAGUGACCAGCACAACAACACCUCAGAGCAGUACAAGCGACACUUUUACUACAACUACCAAUAGCACAACAACCGAAAAAUCAACUUCCACCACUGGCAUCACGACAACGACAACAAAAACGACUACUGCUAGUAGCACCACCGCUGCAGCAAUUUCAAGCAGUACCCCUAAGCCAGUACUAAUUAAUACGAACCCGACUAUAUUAGAGUCGGAUCCUUUCGACGCCAACGCUGAACCCACUUUACCUCCCAGUCUGCCCAAUCUGAAAAUAAUUCCUUUUCUGCCAACGGAUGCCGUGAAAGCGGACCGCACCAAGCCACUUUACGACUUCUAUCACAGCAAUGCGCCGACGGCUAAAAUCGACUACGAUCAAUAUGACGAGGGCAGCAUAUAUCCAGCUAUCACUGAGCCACACUUUCCCAACUAUCCGGACAUAGCGGAUGGUAGUAAAGCGGAGUAUAUCUACAAGUUCAAUGUGGAGGGUCCAUCGCCACCGGUAACGUCGUCGACUGCAGGUAAGUCGGACGGUUCAAGUGGAGGGGCAGCAGCUUUUGUGAAAUACGACUUUGUUGGAACGGGAGACGAGCAUAAAGGCUUCUCACCUCCCACCAAAACCGAAGGCGGUUUCGUACCCAAAGACCCACUCGUUUUAAGUGAUGUGGACGAGCAAAUUGAUUCACUACCCUACGUGGAUACUGGCUAUCAAGUAACCAAGCAUUUAAUUGACAUAACUACAGGUGACCCACUCAGAGAGAAUUCAACGAAAGUUAUCGAAAUCACUACACCCGACCCAUUUAAGGAUGUUAUUCGAACUGAACAGCCACCCGAUCUGACCUCACUUAUUGAAGAUAAGGAGCACAUUUUAGUUCAAAAGCCCUUACAACUUCAGCCUCCUAAGGUGUUUGAGGACCCCGAGAAUAUAAGUCAGUCCCUUAUACACAUUACCACUGCAGUACCACAGUCGGCGAAUGCUUUAGACGACGAACUACCACUUCCAACAUUGUUCGCCGAAACAACUAUUGAACAAAACGAUUCGAGACAGCCGAAUGCGGAACACCAGAACACUAUUGCGUCCUUUUUAGAUUUGCUUUUGGGUGGUGAAACCGAUUUGGCUGAGAGUCAUACGGCACAUAAUUUGAGUGCUAGCAGUAGUACAGUGCCUCCUUUUAAAACCUUGCCACAAGCUUCGUUAGAACUUUUGCCCGACAUCACCACCACAUCUGCAACUGUAAAGCCUAAGAGAGUUACAACAACUACUAGAGUACCAACAAACUCAACGGCAACCAACAACACAACGAAACGGAUUGCUGUUAAGACAAACUCUACCGCUUCGUCGCUCCCCGCAUUCAGCAAGUUGAAUGGCACUGCAACUGCUACCAACAACAACACAAAGCCUAUGCCAAGUCCGAAAACACCCAUAACACAGAAAAACCGUGUGGGCACCACAUCCACCUCCAUAACAACAAAGAUUUCAUCAACAACGCGUCCAAAAAGUACACGACCAAAAUCGGGCUCGACACGCCGUCAAACCACAAAGACUCCAAUCGGUAUAGUGGCGAGCCAAAAGCGAAUGAACAGCACGUCAGCUCUACGUAACCCCAACAAUAGAAACACCACUACCAGUCCUCUCCCACCAUCAACAUCAAAAAGCACGGCGGCCGCAAACAAACCGCUGCAGCGUUCACCAUUUGACACGCUGCCCUUCAUGGACACUAGCUUUGAGGUUAAACGCACUACCGAGCGUCCAUAUGUUGUCGGACAACACACCGGUGGUGACUUUUUAGGUCUUCUAUAUUAUAAAAACUCACUGAAUCAGGUCGAGGGGCUGGAACCGGCACGUGGAAGUGCUCUGCAAGGUACGUCUUCAUUCAGCAGCAGUGCCACAGAGCGGACGACUGCGACAACCACAACGACGACUAGUGCACCUUUAGUGCAAAGAAACAUCGAACAAAUUAUUUCGGCGACAGCGUCGGCACCAGUCGCUUUGGACACGCCCACAGCGGCAAAUCCACUGGAAGCGCAACACACUGCCUCAAACAGUUUAAUUGACCCGUCGGGUGUGCUCAAAUUGGCCGGUUGCAAUAUCUACGGGCGCAUGUAUCGGGUGGGUCGCAUCAUACUGGAGUUGUCCAGCCCGUGCUUGGAAUGCAAAUGCACCGAGGUGGGCGUGAAGUGUGGCCAAUUAGAGUGUUAACUGACCGAGUGGUUGCAGUGUGUGGUUAGAAGACUUAAGAUUGAUUAGUAGUAGAAGCGGUGAGAAUAUUUAUGCCAGAGUGCGGUGCAGCGGGUGCCAAGUGGCGCCCGUUCUUUAGCUUUAGUUUGAUGUUUGGCUUCGCGAAGAGUGAGACCAAUUUAAUUAUGAGUAUUUUAUCUUUAACUUUAAUGUGUAUGUGCUUAAGUUGUAUAUUUAGCGAGAAUAUAUUUAUAAAAUUAGUCACCUAAGCUUAGUAGUAAGUGAUUUGAAUUAACUUCGAAGCGAAGCAAUCAGAAUAAUAAAUAUAACGAAUUAUCAUAGUACUCGAACGCGCUGUUCUUU